AUGAAAUGCAGACAUAUCUUUCGAGAUUAUUUAUGGUGUAAAAUCGGCAAUGGUCAAACUGCUUUUCUUUGGUUUGAUAAAUGGAAUGCUGAUUGUCCUCUUGCAAAUGUUGUUACCCCUCGGCAAAUGGCCAGAUAUGGGUUUUCUAUCAAGUCUAAAGUUGCUGAAGCUAUUCAUAAUGGAGUGUGGUCUUGGCCGGAAGAAUGGAGGAGUGUGUACCCGAGCUUUUUUCAGCUUCAGCCCUUGAGUCUGUCUUCUGUGAAGGAUAGAGUCUUGUGGUUGAGUUCGGAGGGUAAAUUAGUUCCUUUCUCGUCUAAGAAGGUGUGGGAGUCUAUACGUAUUGGCGACAUUCUGGCUGCUUGGUCAAAGGUGGUUUGGUCGUCUUUCAAUAUUCCAAAACAUGCGUUCAUAUGUUGGCUUAUCUUCAAGAGGAAGCUUUGGACACAAGACCGUAUUUUACAAUGGAAUCAUAGGGUUACGGGUUCUAUGAACCAAAUGUGUUGCUUAUUGUGCUAUGCGGAUCUAGAGACACAUGAUCAUUUGUUUUUUCAAUGUAAUUAUUCGAGAUCAGUGUGGUGUAGUGUGCGGAACAAAGUUGGCAUGAAUUCGGUUCAUGAGUCGUGGGAUGAAAUCUCGAGUUGGCUGGUUCCGAGAGCCAAUUCCAAAGCUAUUUAUGCGGUUGCUAGUAAGCUGCUUGUUGCGGCGGCGGCAUAUACUAUUUGGACUGAAAGGAACUCUAGAUUUUUUAGUAACAGGUUGAGGCCUCCGGAGUAG